GGCGCGCGCAGAGAGCCGGCGUGCGGCGGGCACCGCCACCGCCCCGGCCCGCUCCGCUCCCGGCCAAGCCGCCGCUCCGCCGCCAUGCCCGGCUCUAUCUACCAGCCCGAGGGCGGACAGCCCGCCCGCGGCCCGCCGCGCUGCCUGGCGCUGCUCAGCCCGCCGCCGCCGCCCGCCGGGCAGGAGCCGCCGCCGGAGCCCGAGCCCGGGCGGGAGCGGGAGGGGCCGCCGCCGCCGGCGGCGGCGGCGCAGGACGAAGCCGCCGCCCUGAGGUUCGCCCUGGACCAGCUCUCGCUGCUGGGGCUGGAGGAGGCGGGCGAGCGCGGGCUGCGGGCGGCGGAGGCGGGCGGCGCGGGGCCGGAGGAGCCGGAGGCGGCGGCGGCGGCGGGAGGCGCGGGGCCGGGCGGCCUGCAGGCGCGGGAGCGCGGUGGUGGCGGCGGUUCCCCCCCGCCGCCGGCGCCGCCGCCGCCGCCGCCUCCUCCUCCUCCCCCCCCGGCCGCCUUCGGUAACUUCGCCCCGCACCUGGCGCCGCCCGCCGCGCUGCUGGCCGAGCCGCUGGGCGCGCUGGGGAGCAGGAAGAAGAGCGUGAACAUGACCGAGUGCGUGCCCGUGCCCAGCUCCGAGCACGUCGCCGAGAUCGUGGGCCGGCAAGGCUGCAAAAUCAAAGCCCUACGCGCCAAGACCAACACGUACAUCAAAACGCCGGUCAGGGGCGAAGAGCCUGUUUUCAUUGUGACUGGGAGGAAGGAGGACGUGGAGAUGGCGAAAAGGGAGAUCCUCUCGGCCGCCGAGCACUUCUCCAUGAUCCGGGCGACGCGCAACAAAGUGAACGGGCUGACGGGAGCGAUGCAGGGGCCCCCCAACCUGCCGGGACAGACCACCAUCCAGGUCAGGGUCCCAUACCGUGUGGUGGGGCUGGUGGUGGGGCCCAAGGGAGCCACCAUCAAGCGGAUCCAGCAGCAGACGCACACCUACAUCGUGACACCCAGCCGGGACAAGGAGCCUGUCUUCGAGGUGACGGGCAUGCCCGAGAACGUGGACCGGGCUAGGGAGGAGAUCGAGGCGCACAUCACCAUGCGGACAGGCUCCUUCAUCGACGUCAAUGCCGACAACGACUUCCACUCCAACGGCACCGACGUCUGCCUCGACCUGCAAGGCAGCACGGCCAGCCUGUGGGCCAAGGCCCCCCACCCUGCCCGCCGCCCCUCGGCCGCCCUCCGCAACGACAGCCUCAGCUCCCUGGGCAGCACCUCCACCGAGUCCUACUACAGCGGGCGGGUGGCGGACGCCAGCCCCACCAGCCCCUACAGCACCAGCAGCGGCUUCACCUUCAGCGAGCCCCCGGCCCCGCUGGGCUCGGAGGAGUGCGACUUCGGCUUCGACUUCUUGGCCCUCGACCUCACGACACCCACCACCAUCUGGUCGCCCUUCGAGCGCUCGGGCAACCCCUUGCAAGCCUUCAGCAGCUGCUCCUCCAUCAACAGCUCGCAGAGACGCAACAGCGGCACGGCCACGCCGCGCCACUCGCCCACCCUCCCCGAGAGCGGCGGCGUGGCCCUGGACCACCCCUUAGCGCGCCGCAUCCAGAGCGACCCCGUCAGCACCUUGUCCUGGCUGCCCACCCAAGGCUCGCUGUCCUCCUUCUCCAACAGUACCGGCUACUCCUCCUCCUCCUCCCUGCCCGGCAGCAUCUCCGCCGCCUCGGGCUCGCCCACCGACUCCAGCAGCUCCGACGGGCACCGCAAGAGCUCCCGCGAGUGCAUGGUGUGUUUCGAGAGCGAGGUGAUCGCCGCCUUGGUGCCCUGCGGCCACAACCUCUUCUGCAUGGAGUGUGCCAUGCGCAUCUGCGGCAAAGCCGAGCCCGAGUGUCCCGCUUGCCACACUCCCGCCACGCAAGCCAUCCACAUCUUCUCCUAGCCGGGUCCAGCUCGCCAGGGCGGCCAGCCCUCCCCUCCACCCCAACACAACUUUUUAAGGACUUUAAACUGUUUAAAUCAACCUUUUUAUUUAAUAACGGAUCCGAUGGGCGCACGGGGUGGGGGGGGGAAGGAGAGGCUGCUGCUUGCUGGCUGGAGAGGCGGAGAGGGCAGGACGGCGGGGCGGGAGGGUGGCCGAAAUACAGGGGGUCGGGAGGGGUGGGGAAGAAGGGGCUGACGAAGACAACGAGGAAGAGGGGUGUGAGACUGCAGAGAGGAAGAAACUCCAAUGUUUACAGAAUAGCUUUAACUCUUCACCCAGCUGUGGCGGCUGGGAGGAGGAAGCCCAGCUGUUCUUCAACAGUCCUUCCCAAAUAACAGUAUUCAGUUUGCAAAGUUAAAUAAACAGAAAGAAAAGGUCCGGUUGCACUUUUUAUUUUAGGACACACAAGGGUUGUCUUUUAUUUUUUUAAAAUCAUUCUAUUAUUAUUAUUAUAAUUUUUUUGUUGUCGUUCUUUUUGUAUGUAGUUAUUUUUUUGGAUGAUUCUUGACGGUUCUAUAAAUAUAUAUAUAUAUUUUUUUUUGUAACGCAGGUCUAUCUUCUAUUUUGCCAAUGUGAAAACUGCCCAAAAACGUGUGACGAGAGGUUGGGGGUCCUGGCUGGAGGGGCCGGGCCGGGCAGGGGAGCUCACGGGAUGGAGGGGGCACAGUUAACACACCAUGUCGCAAAACCCAGACAGAUUUCUAUCACCUUUUUAUUUUGUGGUUGGUUUUGUUGGGUUUUUUUUUUUUUAGUUUUAUUUUUUUAUUUUUUACCUCUUUAUGUAUAUGUAGGGAAUUUAUAGGAAAAUAUGUACUUUAUUGAAUAAAUUUUAAAAACUAAAAUAUAUUUUAUUUUAAAAAGAAAAUAACGGACCUUUAACCUUACAUGGCUAAAGUACUGAUUAUAUAUUUGCUGAGCUGACUUGACGGUUAUGAAAAUUGUAUCAAGAGUUUUAUUUUUUGACUUCAAAGCCUUCUUAAUAAAGACUUUUUACUAUAUAUGAA